AUGCUGGAAAGUUGCAGUUCUCACUUGGCCGGCUUAAAUACCGUGAUGGGAAACACGAGGAUCAAGGUCGGUAUCGCCUUGACCAUCGCGCUGGCUCUCGGCCAUCGAUCACGGGGCGGCGUGAUACCCCUGGACGGAGAGGAUUUCCACGAACAACAGGAUCCUGAGCAACAUGAUUCACUGGCAACCUCGUACCUCCAGUUUCACGGGCCUGUCGAGGGGCCCGUGUACGAGGUGAAAGUGCCGUACUCGGUGAAUCACGGGGACAACUCGAACGAUUUGCACGAACAACAGGGGGAGCAACACGGCUACUCGUUCGACUACGUGGCGCGUCCCAAGUACGAGUUCUCGUACGGCGUGGAGGAUCAUCAGACGGGCGAUUUUCACGGGCAGAAGGAGAGGCGAGACGGGAGCAACGUGUCCGGCCAAUACAGCGUGAAGGAACCGAACGGUAGCGUUCGGGUGGUCAGUUAUCGGGCGGACAAGGAUGGAUUUCACGCCGUGGUGCACACUUCCGGGAAAAACGAGCACACGGCCGACAUCUCCGGCCAAGGCCAGCCGAGAGUUCACGAUCACCAAGACGCGGCGCAACAGGAACAACACGUCCAAGAUUACGUCUCCCCUUACUCGGCCGAGGACGGAUAUUGA